AUCGAGCUCAACUCUGGAGACAACAAGUCAAGCAACCGGUAGGUAAAUACUUAUAUUGGUAAUCAUGGACUGAUCUUGCUUCCCACUGUAACCUUAACUUAGCGAGUCAGGGGUUAUGCUGACUGCAGCGCGGCAUAGCGCUUCAUUUGCGUCGCUACCCCGGCUCUCGUUACAGUGCAUCUUUUCAGAGACGUAUCGAUAUGAAUAAGACUACUCUCAUCAUCCGUUAGCCUUAGCAACCAGGCUAGCACACAUCACACUAGACGAAGUCAGGAUGGAGAAGAAGAAGAAUUUCGUCGAGGCAGGCAAUCCUCUACAACUACAGGGGCAUCGCCCGGCGCUUUGGAAAUGGGCUGUCGCAGCGGCGUUGUUGAUUUCAAUCCCGCUUUUCAGGGCUAAAUUGCCCCUCCCGUCGCGGUGUCCUCAUCACGACAACCGCCCAACGCGCCUCACCUAUCCCGGUGAGCUGAUCUCAUGGGAACAAUGUGGCAAACUAGGAGGACGCCCGCUGGAAUGUAGCAAUAUUGAUGUGCCGAUGGAUCAAUUCAGCGCUACGAACUCUGACAACAAAACCUUCAACAUCCCGCUGAUCCGCUUACGCGGCGCCAACGCGACUCGGAACCUGUUCCUCAACCCCGGCGGGCCGGGUGCCAGUGGAAUUGAAUUUCUGUAUCGCAAAGGCGAGCUAUUGCGCGACAUUGUCGGCGAGGGGUUCCAUUUGUUGAGUUUUGAUCCUAGGGGCAUUAACAGCUCGCAGCCGCAAGCCAAGUGCUAUCCCGAUGCUGAGACGCGCCGUGAGCGAUCACGCGUGCGGAACACUAAAGUGAUCGAGGAUAGUAAUGAGGCCUAUACGUGGUCGCACAACUUUGUCAGGGCGUGCGCUGAUACCAUGGGCGAGCAUGCGCUGUAUCUCAACACGCCGCAGACGGCUGCCGAUAUGAACAGCAUUCUCGAUGCCGUGGGGCAGGAUACGAUGGUGUACUGGGGGUUCAGCUACGGUUCAAUUCUAGGCCAGACCUAUGCGACAAUGUUCCCCGAACGCUCUGAGCGCGUCAUAAUUGAUGGUGUCGCAAAUCAAUUCGAUUGGUAUGAGGGAUUGUUGGAUACCGAGACCUUUUUCGACACCGAAAAUGUGUUGGAAGGCUUUUUGGAAGAGUGCACUAAGGCUGGGAAGGAUUGCGCCCUAUCGUCGCUGGAGACGUCGAAAGAUUCGCUAAAAGCUAGGCUAUCCUCACUGGCUCAACAGCUGAAAGAUAGCCCGCUUAGCGUCUACGUCAACAACACCGUCUACGGCACCGUUGACUAUGAGACGAUCUGGUACAAUGCCAUCUUCCCCGCGCUCUAUAAGCCAGCCAACUGGUAUUCGCUAGCCGAACGGUUGGCCAAGGUUCUCGAGGGCAAUGCGACGGAGGCCUUGCUCUCGUACGGAUUAAGUGAGCCCUGGGGUAUCGCUGGUGAAUCAACCGAGUUCAUUACUUAUAACGACGGCGCGUCUGGUGCAUCGCACUGGCCGCAGGAUAGGGAGUCAGCGCUCGACGUCCUUAUCCCGUACAUGAAUCAAAGCAUUUUUGCUCCGACUGAGUAUGGCAGCUACUAUAUCAAGCAGCAGUGGCAGAUCCCGAAGACCCAUGGGUAUGUCCCGCGUAUGGGCGUCAAAACUGCGCAUCCGUUACUCAUCCUCUCCACAUCUUACGAUCCCGUAUGCCCGCUGCAAUCUGCGCGCUCCGCAAACGCGGCCUUCAACGACUCCAAGAUUGUUGAGGUGCAAGGAUACGGACAUUGCUCUGUGUCUAUCCCUUCUACCUGUCUUGCCAAACAUGUGAGGGCAUUCUUGAAUGAUGGAACGCUGCCGGAUAGCUACGCCCGAUGUGAAGUAGACGGGAAGUACUUCGUCAAGCCAGAUGAGGGUGGUAAGGUUAAGGCUCAGAAACAUUUCGAUGAUCCGGAGGACCAGAAGAUUCAUUUGGCGCAGAUUGAGCUUGCUAGGACUUGGACAUGGUAACCGCCUCACAAUGUGUUCCCGUUUGGCGUUCAAAUCUUAGGUGUCAGUUGUAUAAUCCGCAUGUAUGCUCAACCUUCCAUAAUUCCUCAAAUAUCCACCCGAGUAGAUAUUAAUUCCCAAACCUGCCUUCC